ACCCUCUCAAGCAACGUGCCACUCCAGUUCUCGAGCAUUCCAUGGCCUUCGCUCACCAUUCCCUGCACUCCUUCUGACAUCACACCAAACUGUGUACGCGAGUUUAUCUGCCAUACAAAGCGUCGUACUGUAAAUCUCAGUGCAUUCUCGUCAACGGAGACACAAAAAGCGGCUUUGUUAACGAAGAAGGAAGAACGUCUCGUAGUUAAGAACGAAUUGAAGAAUUGGCAUCCAGACAAAUUCACAACACGUGUAUUGGCACGCAUAAUGGAUGGUAGCGAGCGAGAAACAGUCCGUGCUGCAGCAGACAUAGUCCAGAAAACUCUCACAGGCCUCCUU